CCCUCCGCUCUGCACCCCCCUGAAACCCUCCCACAAAUCUCUCUCCCUCCCACCCCCGCUUCUCUCUCCUCCUUUCCCUUCCCCCUCCGCUCUGCACAACCCUCCCCGCCUCGGGAUUCGCGUUCGCCCCCCCUUCGUGCGGGAGGAGCAGGAAACCAGGGCACGGGAAGGGAGGGUUGCCGCGGCGGCGAGGAGCAGCGGCACCGUGAGGAAGAAGAGGUGAUGGCGGCGGCUAGGGUUUCGAUCCCGGCGGCGGUGCGGCGCACGAUCCAGAACAUCAAGGAGAUCGCGGGGGGCCACACCGACGAGGAGGUCUACGCCGCGCUCCGCGAAUGCGACAUGGAUCCCAACGAGACCGUACAGAAGCUCCUCUUCCAAGAUACCUUUCAUGAGGUGAAAAGAAAACGUGAGAAGAAAAAGGAGAGCAACAAAGAAUCUGCUGAUCCCCGAUGGAGACAUGGGACACAGGGGCGAGGUGGAAAGGCUGGCCGCGGGAACUAUUCUUCACGUAACUCCAGUGACCUCACUGGGAGAAAUGCUCUUGCGGGAAAGGAAAAUGAACUGAAUCCGAGCAUGGAAAAGUGUAGUAGCUCUUCACCUGUCAAUCCAAGCACAGACACAAAGAUAUCAACUUCCAUUUCAAGUUUGUCAGGUGGGUUAUCCAAUGGUCCAUCACAACCUCUUGCUGCCAUGGCGAAAAAUUCUGUUGCUAUGUUCCAUUUGCCAUCUUCAGAUUCAAAAGGACCGGCAGAUCUUAAAGGCGCUCCAGAAGAGGUCAUGGAUUUAGUUUCAGAUCCAAGCCAGUUGUCUACACAGCCGCCACCAUCUAUACCAGGAGUUUGUACUAUCGUUUCGGACCAAGUGCUUACUCCAUCCCUCGAAGCCUACAGCCAUGGUGAGAUUGUUGCUUCCAAACAUGCUUUCAGAAGUCAGCGGGCAGCAGCUGAAUAUAAGGUUGUUUCUGAUGAUGUAUCAGUAGUUCCAAAAGACACAUCCCAACCUUCUGGUUCGUCAUCUAUUGUGCUACCAUCUGGUAGUAGGCCAUCUUCCAGCUACAGUAGUCGCUCACAGCAGCCAAGUGGCUCGCAAAAAGCUGUUCCAAAUAAAGAGUGGAAGCCAAAACCAACGAACAAACCUACCCAAGCUGAAAAUGUUACCCGUGAUGAUGUAGCUGUUACUGUGGAGGUUCAGUCAGUUCCGGUAUUGACUUCCGCUCAUAAGGAGGAGAUCUCGUCGGAAAUGUGCAAAAGACUAGGUGAUGUGCACUUGUUCGAUAAGCAGCAUGUCAUUAUCCCGGAUCACCUUCAGGUCACAGAGUCGGAAAAGUAUGGUCUCAGUUUUGGCAGUUUUGGGACCAGCUUUGGUCAAACUGUGGGCUUUCCAAAUGACCAUGAGUGUGACAAGAGCUCUGUAGUGCCUGAAUAUGAAUCGUCGCAUGCGGUGGAUGAAAUUGUGGAAGAACCUGCCCCUAGUCAUGAGGGUGCAACCUCUACUGUUGAAGCGGCAACUCAGCCAGGUCUGCAGCAUCUGACUGCUGAUAAGGCUAAUACUAUUUCACAUCAAGAGGUGGAUAAUUCGUCCAAUCCUCCUAAAAUCUUACAAUCUGAUGAAAAUUCAGCAGCAUCACACACGCCCCCAGAUUUGGCCCAAAAUAUGUACUCAACAUUUGAAGUGCCACCACAAUCGCAAGGGAAUCAGACCCCGUUACUGGAGACAUCUGAAUAUCAGGUGCAACAGCCAAAUGAUUUUUCUGCAAAUUAUUACGCACAACUUUACCGGCCAAUCGCUGGUGUUGAUGGCCAUCUCUCACCAUUUACUGUUCCUGUUCCGGGAGCUCCUAUCAAGUCUGGGAACGUGUCAGUUCUGCCUACUCAAACUGGCCAGGCUCAAGAGGAACUUGACUCAAUGGUGCAGUCUUCAUCUGGGCCUACUCAACUUGCUACCCCAGCUCCUGGAGUUUUACCAAAUUCUAUUGCUAUUCCACAACAACCUCUUCCUGUGUUCCGCCAGCCUGUGGGUCUACAUGUACCUCAUUAUCAACCAAGCUUUUUCCCAUAUAAUCAGUAUCUCUCUCCGUUCUAUGUACCGCCACAUGCCCUUCACCAUUUCGUUGGUAAUGCUGCUUAUCCUCAAGCACCUUCCCCUGGAAACAUGUAUCCACCUGUAAGUUCAGCUGUUGCACCACCAGUCAAAUACUCUGCCGCUACAUACAAACCUGGUGCCAACACUGGAAGCCAGACAUAUACUGUAACACCUGGCGCCUAUGGGACAUAUGGUUCUAGUCCGUCAGUGUAUACAAAUAAUAAUGUGGUGCCAAGCGGAACUUCAGCAGAUAAUGGUGAUGUCAGUGGAUCACAAUUUAAAGAAAAUAACAUCUAUAUUGCCGGACAGCAGAGUGAAGGCUCCACUGUCUGGAUUCCUGCACCUGGACGGGAACUAUCCACUCUCCAAUCUAGCUCCUACUAUGGCCUGCCUCCACAGGGGCAGCAUCUCGCAUUUGCCCCUGCUCAAGCUGGUCAUGGUGCCUAUGCAGGGAUGUACCACCCCGCACAGACUCUGGCUGGAGGUGCUGUUCAUCCACUGCUCCAGCCUUCACAGACCAUUGCUGGAGCUGUUGAAAUGGUCGGGCCACCUUCCAAUGGUUAUCAGCAGCAGCAACAUGCUCAGAUGAACUGGGGUAGUUAUUGACUACAGGUAGUAGUAUAUUCUUGCGAGUAGCCACCUUAGGAGGGGAAAAAAAGAGCGUCAUUUGUUGGAUACCUCAGUGUUGGUAAAGUUUUCGAGUUUUCAGCAUAGGGUGCCUGAUCAAGAGUGUAUAUAUUAUCAAGCAUGGGUCAUCUGCAAGGUUGCAGAUUCCCAAAUGUUCUAGUGUUUUGUCUCUGGUUUGAUCUGUAGCAGGAAUCUGACCAUUAUGUUAGAUGAGGGUCUAUGCAGGUCCCGUUCUUUUGCCUCACCCCCACUUCAUUUUCAGUUUUACUCAAGAAAGUUCCGAGUUUCUUUUCCCUUGAGGUAAUAGAUGCUUUGGACUGAAAGUGAGCUAGUGAGGUUUUCAUUCUUUCUGCUGCUUUACAUGUAAAGUAGUAAAUUUUGGUGCUACGAGGACAUGUCUGUACUGUUGUACUUGGAUGUAAUACGAACAGCGGCAUAAACCAAACCCAAAUUUGCAGGCAAGCUUCAUUCCUGCUUGGUUUCAGCUUAA